AUGCAUGCAAGGCCAGACAGGCCCCUAGUCGUCAAGUGCGCCUUCGACAGAUGGAACAAGCGGAUAAGCUUUGCUUCCGCUAGGAACUGUUCAUACGAGCUGCUGAGGAACAGAGUUGAGCAGUGCUUCUCACUUUAUGCGACUUCAUAUGUGAUUGCAUACAAGGACGAUGACGGCGAAAUCACCGAUAUCACUACAGAAUCCGAUCUCACAGAAGCUAUUCAAUACUUUCAGGCUGGGUCUGACGAUCCUCCACUCUCCUCUGCAGCAUCAAUUCUGUCCGGCCGCAGCUUUGGAAGUAGACGAAUAACACUGCGUGUUCACAUCACCGUUGAUUACGAUGGCCCGAGCUUGAGUGACACAUCAAGUCUCGCCAGUAUGGAAGAAUAUAAAGGCCGCAACAGGAGCGAAGGCGAAUUAAGCUGGCCCGUCGGAGGAGGGGAAGUUGACGAUGAUUCAGUGACAGUGAGCUCGAGAGAUACCAAUUGGCGCUUCGCAAAAGGAACGACGGUACACCCUAUCACAUCACGUUCGGAUGACUGGGUCAAAAAUACAGACUCAUAUUCUAUACCCGAGAACAGUGUUGCUGGUCGUUCGGCAUCUCAAAGAGGUUCCACAGCGGCGGAAGAUCAAACAAUGCACGAUGAGAGUCCAUUCGCAGACCAUCACCAACUCUUCGCCGAAGAACACGUCCCAGAAGACCCAGCGGCUGUAUUUGAGCGGCUCAAGCUCCAGGAGCACCCUGAUGCGUCGAUAUCAUUAACAUAUUCCGACGAACACAUCCCAUCCAACAACAUGGAUGGGGAUCUUGCACUGGAACGAGAUCCUCGCGGGAAAUACUACUACUCGUACACUGGUGCGAGUUCUACGACACAUGAUUCGGGUUACGAGGAUAAUUUGAGUGUCAAGUAUGACGCCGAUCCCUUUGGUGGUUCGCCCCCGCGGCCAAACAGUAUGCAGCUUACGUGGAUUGCUUCGCAACAAAAGUUCGCAGAUAAUGAUCAUUCCGGUGAUACCCCUGAUUCAUACAAGCGUUCUUCCCCACCCUUUGACCAAGCUCCAUACUCAAUCGCCCCCGACAUUCCACCAGAGGUGCUCCAGUUUGUUGUACCCACAGGACCUCCUCCAGGCUCGCUCACUACUUGUUCAGACUGUGGAGUCAUAUUAGAUGGCAUCCGGUACGUCUGUGCGGUGUGUGGCGAGAAGGAACCUCUGGCAAGCAUCGUGCUUCGCAACGGCUCAGAUUCUGAUCUAGGUAAAGGAAAGGCUAGAGAUCUAGACUCAUUCCAUUCUUAUCCCCCCCCUCCUCAUCACACACCUCUUUCGUCUUCACCCUCCCCAUCUACCUCCUUUGACGCUAUCACACUAAGCGGGUCGCCGCAGACGCGCAGCGAACACAAACAUAACAAACCACUCCCUUCCUUACCCGGUUCUUCUUCAUCAAGCCCGACGUUGUAUAGUGCACGAUCAGGCUUCAGAAUUCGCCAUGGGUCCGAGUCAUCUACUAUGGGCUUUGAACUGUGCUCGGGAUGUGUUGAAUCGGCUGGCGUGAUACAUGCGCUCCGUGCAAGCACAGAGCGGCGGAAUGGAUCAAGUGCAGAAUCCACGUCUCCGGAAGACGAUUUAUCUUCGUGGAGUCGUUCUGCUCCCAGACAGAAAGGCCAGCUCAGACAUGCGUAUUUUGAAAAGGUCUGGGGUCAUCAUGGAUGGGAAGACGUGGAGCAAGAUGAUAUGCAUAUCUGUAAAUGUUCGACAUGCAAUUCCGCGAUUGUGAACCAGCGGUAUAAAUGUACAUCAUGUCAGAAAUUCAAUUUAUGCCGAGCGUGUUACAGCCAAGUCCACGAUAUACACCCUUCACAUGCAUUCCUGGUAGUCACGGAGAAGCCUGUUAGGUCUAGAAGUGAACCAGAAUACUCACAUGCUUUGCCAAUGAUUAUGUCAAACGACAAUAAUGAGGAACGAUCCAUGAAACAUCCCGGCGUCAAGUGUGCACAUUGUUUACAAGAUAUCCUUGGUGCCCGAUUCCACUGCGCAAUCUGCGACUCCAUCGACAUUUGCUCCAAUUGCGAGUCCGCGGGACUUCCAGGCAACUUGGACUCCUCGGACGGGGGGCACAUAUCCUCGCAUAUUAUGAUAAAAAUUCCCUAUCCACUUGAAACAACAGAAGUGCAAACGGCCAGCCGUCGUGCCAUCCAUUUAUGGACAGGCAGGGAUGCAGCACAUGUUUUGACCGCAUCCCACUCAAAACCAGGCUCUGUAUACUCUUCAUAUGCUCAGACGGUCGUCGGUUCGAGACACAGUGCAUGCAACGGCGAGUCGCUGAAUCACCACCUGUCCUGCAAGAGCUGCAACCAGACAAUAAUCGGUACACGAUAUCAAUGUACUACAUGCCCCUCUUCACCCACUGCAUAUAGCUUGUGCCAAUCAUGCGAGCAGAAGUCAUAUGCCAUCCAUGACCCGAUGCACUCUUUUUUCAAGAUACCGAGACCUGUUCAUGUACAACUCGAGUCGCCGUCUGCUUUGAAUUGUAACAAUGCAUUGGGGUGUUCAGUGACACUGUUGGUAGAGUAUCUCUAUCAUUUAGUUCACUCCACGGCGCUCUGUGAUCGCUGUAUGGAGCGCAUUCAAGGAGCAUGGUACCGUUGCGCGUAUUGCGCGAAAGACCUCUGUGGAGAAUGUGAAUCUCUUGACACUCACGACCAGACGCACAUAUUUGUUGUAUUCAAGGCACCCGUACGUUUUUUGCGAUUCGCAAACCUGGAAAACCCCAACGACAGCCCGCCUAUUAUCGGUUUCCCAGUGUACUGCUAG